AUGGACAACGCCUCGGAGAUUCUACAGACCAUUUAUAUUGGUGCAGUCGUUGCAACUUUCCUUUUAAACACUGGACGUAUUAGAAAAGCAGUAGACAUCUUUAACGAAUGUUUGGUAAUCCUUAACGGUAAAGCCCUAGAGACAAUCAAAGAACUUACCACACCACUUAUCAUCUAUGUAUACCAUAAACUUCUUGAUGGCUAUACUCUUAUGCACGAUCACACCCGUGCGAUAGAAUGUGGUAAAAAGCUUCACGAGAAACUCCACAAUAGUGGUCAAAAAAGAAGAAGAAGGGAUGAUAUUACUAAAACUAUCCGACAUCUACUAUCAAAGAAGCAAAUACGAGGAAGCAAAACAAUGUUGCGAAAAGGCACUCGGCAUCCUGAUUGAGACUGGAAACAGUACCAUAGUUCGAACAUGUUACGCAGAUCUAGGAACUGUGUUUCUUUCUGUUGGUCAAUACACCAAGGCAGAAGAAUACCUUCAAAAAGCACUAGCGAUAAGCAAAGAAAUCGGUGACAAAGAAGGAGAAGCUACAGAUUACGGAAAUCUAGGAGCUGUAUUCCAGUCUGUUGGUCAAUAUACCAAGGCUGAAGAAUAUCACCAAAAAGCACUAGUGAUAAGAAAAGAAAUCGGUGACAAACAAGGAGAAGCUGCAGAUUACGGAAAUCUAGGAGCUGUGUUUAGAUCUGUUGGUCAAUAUACCAAGGCUAAAGAAUACCUUCAAAAAGCACUAGUGAUCAGAAAAGAAAUCGGUGACAAACAAGGAGAAGCUGCAGAUUACGGAAACUUAGGAACUGUGUUUCUUUCUGUUGGUCAAUAUACCAAGGCUGAAGAAUACCUUCAGAAAGCACUAGUGAUCAGCAAAGAAAUCGGUAACAAAAAAGUAGAAGCAUCAGCGUACGGAAAUCUAGGAACUGUGUUUAAAUCUGUUGCUCAAUAUACCAAGGCUGAAGAUUACCUUCAGAAAGCACUAUUGAUGAGCAAAGAAAUCGGUGACAAACAAGGAGAAGCAUCAGCUUACGGAAAUCUAGCAAUUGUGUUACAAUCUGUUAGUCAAUAUACCAAGGCUGAAGAAUACCUUCAAAAAGCGCUAGUGAUCAGAAAAGAAACCGGUGACAAAAAAGGAGAAGCUGCAGAUUACGGAAACCUAGGAACUGUGUUUCUUUUUGUUGGUCAAUAUACUAAGGCUGAAGGAUAUCUUCAGAAAGCACUAGUGAUCAGGAAAGAAAUCGGUGACAAAGAAGGAGAAGCAUCAAAUUACGGAAAUCUAGGAGUUGUGUUCCAAUCUGUAGGUCAAUAUAUUAAGGCUGAAAAAUACCUUCUAAAAGCACUAGUGAUCAGGAAAGAAAUCGGUGACAAAGAAGGAGAAGCUGCAGAUUACAGAAAUCUAGGAACUGUGUUUAAAUCUGUUGGUCAAUAUACCAAGGCUGAAGAAUACCUUCAAAAAGCACUAGUGAUAAGCAAAGAAAUCGGUGACACAAACGGAGUAGCUGCAGAUUACGAAAAACUAGGAGUUGUCUUUAAAUCUGUUGGUCAAUAUACCAAGGCUGAAGAAUACCUUCAAAAAGCAAUAGUGAUCAGGAAACAAAUCGGUAACAAAGAAGGAGAAGCAUCAGCUUACAUAAAUCUAGGAACUGUGUUUAAAUCUGUUGGCCAAUAUACCAAGGCUGAAGAAUACCUUCGAAAAGCACUAGUGAUCAAAAAAGAAAUCGGUGACAAACAAGGAGAAGCAUCAGCUUACGGAAUUCUAGGAACUGUGUUCCAAUCUGUUGGUCAAUAUACCAAAGCUGAAGAAUACUUUCAAAAAGCACUAGUGAUCAGGAAAGAAAUCGGUGACAAAGAAGGAGAAGCAUCAGAUUACGGAAAUCUUGGAACUGUGUUUCUUUCUGUUGGUCAAUAUACCAAGGCUGAAGAAUACCUUCAAAAAGCACUAGUGAUCAGGAAACAAAUCGGUGACAAAAAUGGAGAAGCAACAACUUACGCAAAUCUAGGAACUGUGUUCCAGUCUGUUAGUCAAUAUACUAAGGCAGAAGCAUACCUUCAAAAAGCACUGACGAUCAAAGAAGAAAUCGGUGACAAAGCUGGUGUCGGAGCUUCAUACUUAAAUCUGGGAAACCUUUGUCGAAAAUUUCAACUUAAUGCGAAGAGUCAAGAAUUUGCUAAUAAAGCACUUGAGAUAAGUUACGAAAUAGGGGACAUUGAAAUGCAGUUCAACAGCCACCUUUCCAUUGCUCUUAGCGUGUUAAUGGCAGGAGGAAGCAUAACUGAACUUAUGCGAAAUCUGUAUGAAAGCAUUCAGAAGUGCGAAGAAAUGCAUGAUUUUUUAAGAGUGAAAGAUCAAUUCAAAAUUUCUUUUUUUGAUAAGCAUGUGUCCCCUUACCUUUUUCUUUGUAGGUUGUUGAUUUUUACAGGCAGUUAUUAUGAAGCUCUUUACGUUGCCGAGCUUGGACGGUCCAGAGCACUGACAGACGUACUGUCAGAUAAGUACUCUGUGGAAAAAGAGGUAUCAGUCAACCCACAGUCAUGGAUUGGUAUUGAGAACAUCAUGAACAAAAAUGCACUUAGUUCUUGUCUUUAUGUUUCCUGCUUCGGUGAUAAUAUGUACUUUUGGAUCCUCAAGCCAAACAGAAUUAUAGUUUUUCGACAAACGGGACUUAAAGAUAGUGCACAUAAAGUGUUUAGAAAUCACACAUUUGGUGGCUCUCUUGAUUUACAUAAAGACCAAUGCGAAGAUCGAUCAUUGUUUUCAUGUGUAAGUCCCCCGCCAUCAUGCAAACCAUCGCAGAGUGACAGCUUCGAAUCUUUGCGUCUUAUAGAGGAAGAGGAAGACGAAAAUCACGACUCUAAACCUUUAACCCUUGCUGAUGGUUACAACGUGAUAAUCGCUCCUGUAGCUGAAUUACUCCAAGAAUCAGAAAUCAUUAUUAUACCGGAUAACUUGUUGUAUCCAAUUCCUUUUGCUGCUUUAAUGGAUGAUAAUGGAAAGCGUUUAUCGGAUACUUUCAGGAUUCGUAUUGUCCCUUCCUUGACGAUUCUUAAGUUGAUUCAGCUCAGUCCAGAAGAUUAUCAUAGUAAAACCGGUGCACUGAUCGUAGGAGAGCCAGAGAUUAGUGAUGUAUACUACCAAGGAAAACUUCUACAGUUAAACCCAUUGCCUUGGGCGAGAAAGGAAGCAGAGAUGAUUGGGAGACUGCUCGGUGUUCAACCGUUCCUUGGAAGGGAUGCAACUAAGCAGGCAGUACUGAAAAGCAUGCAUUCAGUAAGUCUCAUUCACUUCGCUGCUCAUGGUUAUGCCGAACGAGGAGAAAUAGCUCUCUCCCCUGUGAGCUCCUGCGGAACUCCACACGAAGAAGACUACUUAUUAACGAUGGCUGAAAUUUCACAGGUUCGACUAACAGCCAAGCUGGUUGUCCUUAGCUGCUGUCAUAGUGCAAGUGGUCAGAUAAGGGCUGAGGGAAUUGUUGGAAUCGCUCGUGCAUUUCUAGCAUCGGGUGCACGCGCCGUGUUGGUGGCACUGUGGGCUGUAGAGGACGAAGCUACUAUGUGGUUUAUGAAUCGUUUUUACGAGCACCUUGUUCAUGGUGAAAGUGCCAGUGAAUCUCUUCACAAGGCCAUGAAGUCGAUGAGAGAGAAUUGCUUUUCUGACGUCAAGCAGUGGGCACCCUUUAUGCUGAUUGGAGAUGAUGUGACAUUCAAA